GAAUGGCAGAGACAUGAAGGUCAACUUAGUUUGUCAGACUCGGAGAUGUGCGAAAACCAAACAAUUAACAGUUUCUACAAAUCACACACAGUAACCCCGACAGAACUUUGAUCCCUCUCUCACACACACUUCUCUAAACCCUCAACCAUCACCGAUCUCAGAUGGGGUUUCAAUCUCACCUGAGAACCCCGAUUUGAAAUGCAGCCAAGUAAUUUUCCAGCAUCACCUUUGGCGUUGAUUCCAAUUGCUUUCAAUCAUGUCAAUGUGAGUCCUGUGGGUUUCGAGCUUUCCAGGGUUUGGUUAUUGGGUUCGCUUCUCUUCUCUCAAGGAGGUGCCGUUGAUAGCGGUGGUGAGAUGGAUUUGUCAAAGGUUGGUGAGAAAUUUCUCAGUUCAGUCCGCUCCGCGAGAUCCAUCAGUCUUCUCCCUUCUACGUCCGAACGCCCCGAGAUUCCAGCACGGGCUGCAACUGCAGCAACUAUUGCUCGUGCACUUGCUUCAAUCCCUCCACAUCAUAGGCAAAGUCUCUCUUCAAGUUCUGAAGAACUGAGUUCAAUAUAUGGAAGCACAUCCCGUGGCCAAGUAGUGGAGGAGCUUGAAGAAGAAUUUUAUGAAGAGAUGUUUGACCCCGUUCGGCACACUUUAGAGAAUCUUCCAUCUGAAGAAAAUGAGCUCACGUAUUUCGAAGGGAAGGCUGCUCUUAGGUUAUUACAGCUGGAUAAAGUAACGGAAAAUCUGUCGCGCCAAGUGAUGGAGCACCAUGAAGUAAUGGUGAAAGGGAUGCAUUUAGUAAAAGAGUUGGAGAAAGACAUGAAGGUUGCAAAUGUCAUAUGCAUGAAUGGACGGAGACAUUUAACUUCUUCAAGGAAUGAGGUGUCAAGGGAUCUUAUUGUUAACAGAAAUUCUAGAAGGAAGCAAGCUCUUCUGGACAUACUCCCAGUUUUAGCAGAGCUUCGUCAUGCACAUGACAUGCAAGUAGAAAUUGAAAUCCAUGUCGACGAAGGGAACUUCUUUAAGGCAUUCCAGGUGUUGUCUGAGUAUCUUCAGCUUCUGGAUGGUUUCUCAGAGCUUUUAGUCAUACAAGAGAUGAGUCGUGGUGUGGAGAUCUGGCUGGGAAAAGCUCUACAGAAAUUGGAUUCACUUCUAUUGGGAGUGUGCAGAGACUUCAAAGAAACAAGCUUCAUAACAGUGGUUGAUGCUUAUGCAUUGAUUGGUGAUGUUUCUGGUCUUGCUGAAAAGAUACAAAGCUUCUUUAUGCAGGAAGUUAUAUCUGAAACCCAUGCGGUACUGAAGAAUAUUGUGCUGGAGGAUCUAGAAGCUGCUGAAAUUCAAAGCACCAGGCUUACAUAUAGUGAUCUAUGCACACGGGUACCUGAAUCCAAGUUUAGGGAGUGUUUGUUGGCAACACUAGCUGUCCUCUUCGACUUGAUGUGCUCGUAUCAUGCAAUCAUGAAUUUCAAUUCGGAUAAUAAGGUUCCGUUGGACCGUUUAUCACCUGCUAUGCAGGAAGGAUAUGAAGGGACUGGUUCUUCUGAGGAUGUCCAACAUGCUGAUCCAUCAUCACAAAACUGUUCUAGUCUCAAGGCAGAUGAUGGUUCUCUCUCUGAACCGUCGGGCCAAGUGCCCAAUUUAGCUUCGUCGGAGGAGCCUACAACAUCUGCCACCACCUUAUCUGACGCUAAUGGAAUCAACAACAUCACGCAUGAUCCUUCUGGUUCAGAAUCGAGGGAUGAUGGGACUGGAGCUUCAAGCAGUGGAUCCUCUUGGUUUCAACUCCGGAAUGAUGCCACCACAUUUGUUUCACAAACAUUACAGAGGGGUCGCAGGAAUCUUUGGCAACUUACAGCGAGCCGUGUGUCAGUAUUGCUUUCUUCCGAUGCAGUUGGUUCUACUAGCAUUCAUCAGUUUUUGAAAAAUUAUGAAGAUCUCAAUACCUUCAUCUUAGCCGGUGAAUCUUUCUGUGGGGCUGAUGCUGUUGAAUUUAGAAUGAGAGUGAAAGCUAUUUGUGAAUGUUACUAUACAUCUUUUCACCGGCAAAAUAUAUAUGCUCUAAAAAUGGUUUUGGAAAAAGAGAGUUGGUUCACGAUGCCGCAAGAGACAAUCCAGGUAGUUAGUUUUGCAGGCCUUGUUGGUGAUGGAGCUGCGUUAAUUCUUCAAUCUGCUACCUCCUCCACUUCAAGAGAGUUGCAGUCCCAAAAAUCAGCAGAUUUGGUGAAAGUGAAAACUAUCCCCAAUCAGAGUGGGUUUUCCCACUGGAUUAGUAGUGGAAAUCCAUUUGAUCCAAAAAUUGCUUCCAAGGAGUUUGAUGAUUUUUCUCCACGUGCUGCAUCAGCAGUCUCAGAAGAACCCAAUGAAAAUUUUAAUGAGGCAUCUCACAAGAACAAUUCAUCACUUAACAGUGAUGCAAACCAUAGCAAUGGCCACGUUGAUCUUGAAGAUGAAAAUGAAGAUCUCCAUGCAGAUUUUAUUGAUGAGGACAGCCAACUACCUAGCCGGAUUUCAAAGCCCAACCGUUCAAGAAAUCACUCUUCACCAUGGAGUGACGAAGAGAUGGAAGCACACACAGGAUCUUCAAUAUGUGUCCUAAGGCUGAUGGAUAAAUAUGCAAGGUUAAUGCAAAGAUUAGACAUAGUCAAUGUUGAGUUUUUUAAGGGGAUAUGCCAGUUUUUUGGGAUAUUCUUUCAUUUUGUUUUUGAAAGCUUUGGGCAGCAGAACACCAAUCCUGGUGGUAAAGGAUUAAAUGAUGCUCUUGGUUAUCGGCUGAAAACAGCCUUAUCCAGAAUACGGAGAGAUUGUGAUCAGUGGGUAAAAUCCCCAUCUUCUUCAUCCUCUUCGUCUACGUCUUUGAAUAUGCCAUUGCCUCAUACUGACGCUGCGCCUAAUGGUAUACCCAAUUCGAAUCUUUGUCAUGUGCCCAACACCUCUUUUGGCCUCAAGGAAAGAUGUGCAGGAGCUGACACCAUAACUCUUGUUGCUCGAUUAUUGCAUAAAUCUAAGGCCCAUCUUCAAUCAAUUCUUCCGAAGAAUAAUGCAGCAAUUAUUGAAGACUUCUAUGUGCAUUUGGUCAGUUCAGUGCCAGAUCUUGUAGAGCAAAUUCAUAGAACAACCGCAAGAUUACUUCUUCACAUUAGCGGGUAUGCUGAUCGAAUUGCCAAUGCUAAAUGGGAAGUUAAAGAGCUUGGAAUGGAACAUAAUGGGUAUGUUGAUCUAUUGUUGGGAGAAUUUAAGCACUACAAGACGAGGCUUGCUCAUGGAGGCAUUCAGCAGGAGGUUCAAGAUAAACUAAUAGGGUAUGGACUUGAAAAUCUUUCCGAAACCAUCGUUGAAGGCCUAUCGCGAGUGAAGAGGUGCACUGACGAGGGACGAGCUCUUAUGUCAUUGGAUUUUCAGGUUUUAAUCACUGGCCUUCAGCAUUUUCUCAUCAUCAAUGUGAAGCCGAAAUUACAAAGAGUUGAAACUUUUAUCAAGGCAUUUUAUCUUCCGGAAACUGAAUAUGUGCAUUGGGCUUGUGCUCAUCCGGAAUACACGAAAAGCCAAAUGAUGGGGCUAAUCAACCUUGUGGCCACCAUGAAAGGUUGGAAAAGGAAAACCAAAUCUGAAGUGCUAGAAAAAAUAGAAGCAGCAUGUGGCUUCUAGCUAAUGUUAUUUCUUUUGAAGAGAAACUCUGCUUCAUACUUUUUCAACUGCAAAGACCGCGAAAUCGUACACCGAACCUGCAACCCUGUCAUCAACACUAAAAAGAUUUUUCCUUGCUUUGUAUGGAGGUUAGCUUUCAAACGCUUCAUUUUCUCUACGUAUGUAUUCCAUUUUUAUGCUAAUAUGGUGUGUCUGAAUUGAACCCAUAAAUCAAGGUGCAAUAUCUUGUCUAAUUUGUAAUAUAACAGCUUCAAGUUGUCAUUUUUCAUGAAUUAAUUCCACCAUUA